UCACGACCUGCAGAUAUGUUAUAGCUGGGGCCUGCAAUAUACAAUCACUUAUUCCUGCUACUCGUCAGACCGUGGGAAUCAUUGGAAAAUGCACUCCAGAAACUGGUUUCGCGCGGACUCGGACUUGGACUUGUGUCUUCCACUCUUCUGCGAUCCAAUAAUAUUUGUCGAGUGGAGGUCCUAUGCGGGGUUCUAACAGUCUAUGAGUGUCUCGACCCUGCUUAUUUGCAUGGGUGUCAUGUCGAACUCGGACAUGAUCACAUAACUCGUAUCUGUCAAUCAUUGAUGCGUCUUCUACUUGUCAAUGCUGCGGGCUUUUUUGCUGAUAUUCCUGCCGUUGUUCGCGUCGACGAUUUGUGCUCUCAUUCCUAGACGGGGAGACCGUAUCUCUGUCAAUUGCUGUUGCCGGAGCCUGUCCGUAAUUGGCUCGUCUGUGUCACGGGUCUCGCUCUGCGGAAAUGGAUAUAGCCUGGCCAUGAUUGGGUCUUCCAGCCUGGAGACACCACCUUGGAUGUACGAGUGUAGUAUCCUUAAAAGCUAUACUGAGGAUUGUACCAACCGUUUCUGUACCUAUUUGUGUAGCAGAGUAGCCCUGUCCGCAAGUGUUCUAUUUUUUGGGGCUUUGACCCGUCGGUAAAGUUUUGGCUGUGCAACGCGUAUGAUGUAUCCUUGAUGUGUUACAUGAUAUAUAGAUG